UUCCCAAAGACGUCCUAACGCGGCAAAUUUUCUUGCAACGGCCGUCAUUAUUAUUACGUUAAAUUUACCCAAUUUUAGAAAUUCAGCUCAUAUUACUGUCAGAAAAAAGAAAAUUUCAGCUCAUAUUUUCUUCGUAUCCGUACGAAUCGAAAACCUCAGAAUCAGGGGAGAAAGCCAACCCACACUCAAAUUCUGUUAUAGUUCUCUUGUUUCAUGAAUUUAUGAUUUGAUGAUUGAUGAUCGAUUGAAUUCUUCUCCAAAUGAGGGGCUUAUUGAUUCCGCUUCUGUUUCUCAUCAUCUUGAUUUUAGCUGUUGUAAUUGGAGCUUCGUCGAGCUCCGACCCCGAUCCGGGUUCGGAAAAUCCGCCGUUGCCAUUGACGACCAAACACGAGACAGCAAUAUUGGCUGCUCCUGAUGGAACAGUAUAUUUGGUGGAGAUUGGUUCUGGAAAGAUCCUCUGGUCGUUCUCAUCUGGCCCGUCAAUCUAUUCCUCAGUAUCAACAAAUCCCCAACCACGAAGGUGAAAAGCUCAACACCUCUGCUGAUGGCGAUAAUUUUUAUAUAGAUUGUGGAGAAGACUGGGAACUCUACUUACAUGGAACUGGCCUUAAGAAAGUGAAGCUCCCAAUGAGUGCUGAAGAAUUCGUGAAGCGCACUCCAUUUGUAUCAGCUGGUGGUGGGAUUAUGCUAGGUUCGAAAAAGACGUCUGUGUUCGUCGUUGAUGCUAAAACUGGAAAGGUCGUUCGCACUUUUAGGUCAGAUAACCUUUCCUCAGACGAGGAGCGUGGUGCUGAUGAAACUUCGAUUAUUACUAGAGCCGACAUUGAAAAUUGGCUGCCUGCAAGUUCUGUGGAUACCGAGGCCAUUGAGAAGCUGCUUUAUGUUACUAGGACCGACUACGCAGUGAAGUAUACUUCUGCAAAGACGGGAGAGGUUUUAUGGUAUCUAAUGUUUGCCGACAUUGAAGCGUCCUUUCAAUGCGAAGGAAUUGAAGAUUUUUUAGGUGGCUUUCCAGGGAAAGGGCUUGAUACGAAGUUACCAAUGCCUUGUCAGACACGGCCUCUCGUCUACCGUGUCCGUGACCGUAGCUCUCUCGAGCCGCUUUUCAAAGCAAAUCGGGUAGGCGAUGCUCUUCCCGGAGGUGGAGUUCUUUCUUUGCCCAGCACCGAUCACAAUGAGCUCACCAACAACUUAUUGGCCCUUUAUGGUCGCAAUAAACGGCCGAAAUGCCCUGAUUUGCUGCACCGGAUCCCUCGGGUCGGGACCUAA